AUGGUUCAAAUGGAAUCAAUAUUGGAUAUUAACAAAGAUGUAUCACAAGAAUCACUCCAUAGCGAGAUCAUUAACAGUCCGAUAAAUAAAAUAGAGGAUAUUAAACAAAACAAAACAUGUGAUUUCAAGGACGAGAGACAUAGUAUUAACCACAGUGAUUUAAAUUUAAUGAGCCCGUCUCAGUUGAAUAAAAUCCCACUUACAGCUUCCACACCUAAUAAACAGUCUGCAAAUACAUCCGUAUGUAAUAAUGACAGUCCAUCAAACAAAACCAAAAUAGUUGAACCAAGCAAUGCUAUCUAUCUAGAAGAGAUUCAAGAGGUCAAAAGUUAUGGGAACAGUACUCGUUCACUAGAUGAAGAUAAUUCAGAAAAUAUUGAUGCCAGUGAAUUAAAAAAAGAAUCAAUCCCUCAAAUCGAUGAAAGCAUGACACCUUGGAAAAACCAAGAUGUCAAUUCAGAUUCUUAUUCACCUCAUUCCAUGGACCAUAACUUGAUUAAACCUGCUUCAGAUCCUAUGACAUUUGAUACGCGACCAAUUCAGUUUAAAUCGUUGAUUACUCCUAAUGAAUUAGAAGGACUACAAAAUCAAUUAAAAAAAUAUAAAAUUAAAAUAUCUGCUUUAGAAGAAAUAAUCAAAGGUAUUAACGAAGCAGGUUCCAACAAGUCAAACAUUGGUGAACUCAAUAAUUCGUUAUUUGACAGUUUAUUCAAUAAAAUCAAUAAUAUUUCUACAUCUAUCCAGGAUAACAGCAAUGAUAGCCAAAAUAAUAUGAAUAACCAUUAUCCUGAUGAAAUUAAUAAAGUAGAAAAAGAGAAUCAGAAAUUGAGAAUGGAAUUAAAAGAGACCCAAAACGAGUUAAAAGAUCUGAAGAAAGAAUAUAAUGACACUUUACAAAUGACGGAUGAGCAUCUAAAGGACUACGAACGUAUGUCUGUGAUUAUUAAUUCGAUGUUAGAGGAUUUAAUUGUUGCUAUGAAAAAAGAUUCUGAUUCAGAUCGAUUUUAUGAUAUAAUUCCAAGCUUGGAAGGCACUUUGCAGCAAGAAUCUUCGUUUGUUAUGAAUAAGCUUUUGCAAUUUCAAAAAUAUUGGCUUGAGAUAAUUACAUCACCAGAAUUCCAACAGCGGAAUAUUAUCCCUAUUGAUGAUUCUACUGAACAUUUAGAGGAUGAGGCUAACAAUAUGAGUGAAAAUCUCAACAUUAAACAACAAGUAACAUCAACAACUGAUAAUGAAAAAGAAAAUGCAGACACUCAAAUAAAAUUAGACCCCGACACUGCUUCAAUAAUCGAAGAAUUACAUAGACAAUAUGAUGCAUAUAUGGUAACUGUAAGAGAAAAAUUAAGAAAAUCGUUAACUUUAUAUGGUAAGUUAAUGUCCAAGAUCUCUGAACAAGAUAGAUGUUUAGCCCAAUUAUCUUCUGUAAUAAAGAAGCAAGAAAAGGAUCUCAAAGAAAAUGUCAAAAUUGAUGAUAUUAACACAAUUAAAAAAUCAAUCGACACUUUAACAUAUAAAUUUGAUAAACAGUCAGAAAUAAAUAGAAAUAAAUUAAGAGAAACAAUGAAUGAUGUCAAUAAAAAAUAUCCUAAUAUGUUAAAGAACUUAGAAUUGCGUUAUAAGACUGUUGAGAGAGAUCAUUUGAGAUUGAUUACCCAAAUAACUAAGGAAAGAGAUUCAAUUUUAAAUAGGUACGAACUAUUACAAAAGGACUUUUAUCAGCUAAAACAUGAUGCAUCAGUAUUCAAUGAUAGUAAAAAUCUUCAUUUUUCUGCAUUCAAACAAACUUUGGUCAACUACUUAUCAAAAAUAAUUGAUAUAUUAGAACCAGUUCUAGAAAAGGAGUCAAUAGAAAGAUCAUUUAGGAAGAUUUCAUUUGUAAGAGAUCCUGAAAACGGAUUAGAUAAAAUAAAGCAAUUACAAGUAAAGAUAGAGUCAUUAUUAAGGUUCAAUGAAAAAGCUUUAAGUUUUUUAACUAAAUCGUAUACAUCAUUCAUUAUUAAUAGUCCAAUGCUUUCUUCAUCAAUCAUUUCAAAUAACUUAGAUCAAUUAUAUUCUCCUUUACCAUCACCUACAGGUUCAGAGCAGGAGUAUAAACUAAGAAUUAAAGAAUUAGAGAAACGUUGGUCAAUAGAAAGAGAAUCUAGAAAGAUUGAGUCAAAUAUCACAGAACAACGUAUUAAUAAAUUGGAAAUAGAAAAUGAAAAGUUGAAACAACAAUUACAAAUAUCCCAACGAAUCAAGUAUUGA